UAAGAAGAAGAACAAAAGAUCAAAUAGAAAUAAAAUAAAAUAAAAUAUAAAUGCAAAUGAUACUGAUACCUAUGUAACGAUGAUCGCAUUUAUCGGACCAGUCAAUUUUUUUUGCUUUUUCGUUGUUUUUUUUUUCCUUCUUUUUUUUUUUCUCUUCUUUUUUAAUCAUAGGGAAAUUAUAGAAAUGAAAUAUGAAGUGAUUCAUUGAAAAUUAAUAAAUAUGUGAACGUAAUAUAACGAAAACUUAUUCAUCACUGAAACAAACAAAUAACGAAACGAGAAAAAAACUAGUAGUUCCAUACCCUCUUUUAGUAUCAUCCAUAUCUUCAUUCAAUCUGUCCUCGUUCCGUUUCCCGAAAUAAAUAAGCCGUAGUUGGCAAUCUUCGAUUUGAAAAUCGUAUUUAUCGGCGAGUGAUGUGGAUUAAUAUGUAUCGGAUUUUUACGAGCUCCUACACGAAGUCGGACUAUAAUGGAUAAGAUUCGCAUGAAAGAUUUGAAAAAUAUUCAAUUUUUUUGACUCGAAAAUAAAAUGAAAUCAGAAAAUUUUCUUCAGCAAAUGAUCAAUUAUUUCUUUCGUGGCACCAUUACCCUCGGGUAUUCGGAGCCCAGGAAUUUGAAUCUGAAUGCUAAAAUGAUCGAUCCAUGAAAUUGAUCGGGUUCUCGCUAAAUUUGCCACGUGAUUUUCAAGGAGUUUCAACGGAAGCUUUCGUUUAUUGAUAGGUAUAUAAAUUUAAACAAAUUAUUACAUAUGUUUUGAAUUUAUUCGCACCCAGAGAAAUUUUUUUCGCAAUAAAUAAGUCGAAGCAAAUAAUCGAUAGUACAGUUUCCACGUACUUGUAACUAACACAUGAAUUGUUCCGCCAAGUUUAUGAUCCUUGCGAGGAUCCAUGACUUCACAAUAAAUAUGAGUGCACGCAAUCCCGUUUAUCAGUUGACAAAUAUAAUGAAAAAUUUCGCAAUUCACUGAGGAGUGUUGUGUCCCGGCUGUCAAGGGGAGUUGCUACGUAACUGCCGACCAAUUUUCUUACCGCGCGAAAAAAAAAAAAAGAAAAAAAAAAAAAAUGCUGAACUUUCAUCCAUUGAGAAUGUAGUGUCGAAGCGAUAUCGGUCGGUAUAGGUCAUUCGGAAAGUUACCCGAAAGCUAUCGAAUUUGGAUCAGUCUAUUGGUGAUAAUCGUCCCGGUCACCGCGUCGGUGUCCUGUCCAAUAUUUCUACGGAUAGCGAAGGGUCGUCGAAUCGAAAAUUUCAUUAAAAAUGGAAGAAGCCCUAACCGUUGAUCUGACGUCGUUCGAGACCGCGUUAUAUCACGUGGGAAAGAUCAUCGGCUUGGUGACAUUCGACAAGCGAAAUAACAAGAUUUAUCCGGCAAAUUUACGGGGGAAAUUAUAUUCCUCGAUAAUACUGAUCAUGCAAUUAUGUUCGUGCACGUACGUAGGGAUGCACUUGGAUGCAUUCGCUCUAUCGCCGAGCGCUAUAAUUAUUUUCUUGACUUUCGCACCUCUCGUCACAACCACGGUCUACGCCGGAUUGUUAGUCGCGUUCAAAAGUGACAAGAUCAUCGAAUCAUUUUGUCGGAUGAAGCUGAUCGACGACCAGAUAAAAUCAUUGAAAAUAGGAGGGGGCGAGUGCGAAAAAAUGUCAAAGUACCUCGGUGCAAAGGUGAUCGUGUCCAACCUCCUAGUUGCGACAACGGAAGUAUCUCUGACGUACAUUUUACAUCCGGAUAUCGACGUGCUCACCAGAAUGGUCCACGGAAUCUUAAUGACCGCGACGCACCUCACCAUUCGCAAUGUGCUUUUCAUCUUCACCGAGACCAUGAACUGCAUCACCAGACGUUUCGCAUUUUUGAACGAAAAAUUACGAAACAUGUUCCUGAAGGUAUCGGACACCGUUCACCGACCGGUUUACCGGACAUCCGGUGCUUUCCUCGCGCCGGAAAACGAGCGAAUCCCAACGACGGCGGAUAACGAAGGUGCGGGGAAAAGGGUUACAACCGUCGAUCCCGAGUCCGGUGAUACUCAACUCUAUAAAAAACGGAUAAAACUGAUUCUGAAAAUUCAUCAAGAUUUAACCAAACUCGUCGAGUCAACGAUCAAUUUGUACGAAAUACUGAUCUUCUUUCGCUCGGUCGAGCACCUCGGCAGAGCCUUCAAGAAUUUCUACUUCAUCUCGCAUAUGCUCAAGGGACCGAAGACUGAGACGAUUUACGUCCAUCUGACAGCGAGACUGGCUCAAUGUACGCUAAUUUUCAUCACGGAAAUAUCUAUGAUCGUCGACUCUUGCACGUCAACGUGCGAAACGGGCAACAAGACCAACACCGUGUUGUACGACGUGUGGUGCGACUUCCGACGUGACGCGCGAAAAUUGAAAUCCGAAUUCCUGAUGUUCUCGACAACAUUGUUACAAAAACCGGUCGCGGUGUCAGCUUUCAACUUCAUCCCUGUGGAUUAUUCGGUAAUAUUUGAGAUAAUCUGCGUUUUGAUUGGAUACGUCAUCCUCAUCGUCCAACUGGAUCUCUAGUGAUAUUCCUCGAUGCGUUCGGACGCAGGUGUGAAAAUUUUUUUCACACCAAUAGCCGACGACGGGAUCGACAAUUGAUAUUUUUUUUUUUGUUUUCUUGUCACUGAAACUAUAACAUUAACUAGUGUGAACUGUUGUUAAUCAGAGUAAUUGUAUCGCACGUGUGUCAUUUGGACCCGCACUGCAAGCUAUGCACAUACAUACAUGUAAAUCGAUGUAAUAGAUGAUUCCCAUAUCGUUCCAUUAAGCGAA